AUCUAAUUUUUAUACUGAAAAAACAGUGAUGGCUAGUGGUCCCAAUUCCAUAACUGUUCCUCGUGAUAUGGAGAAGAAAAAGUCACCUCAGUUAAGUUUCAAAAGACGAACAGUUGUUGCCAACUCGGAUUCGGAUGCUAGUGUAGAUAGCAACACACCUUCAGUGGAAUCAAAAGAUGAUGGUUUUAUUUAUCAUAAAAGGAAACUUGGACGAGAACCAGGUUCCAAAAAAAUUAUUCGCCGUGGUACAGAAUGGGAGAUAGUUGAAGGUCUUAAAGAUGGACAAAGAUAUGACAAAAAACCAGACGUCUUUAAAGGUUAUUUACACAAGAAACGAAAGUGGCCUCUUAAAGGAUGGCAUAAGCGUUAUUUUGUGUUGGAUAAAGGAAUAUUAAAAUAUGGUAAAAAUCCAUUAGAUAUGUCUAGAGGUAAAAUUCAUGGUCAAGUUGAUAUUGGACUAUCCGUAAUAUCUACUAAAUAUCAACGAAAACGAUUAGACAUUGAUGCUGAAGAAUUCAUUUAUCAUUUAAAAGCAAAAACAUUUGAAGCAUUUUCUGAGUGGGUAAAAGAAAUAAAGCAACAUCGUCUCUAUAGACAACAUGUUUUAACUUUUGGUCAAACAAAACAGACACAGUCUCCACUACAAAAAAAAACAUCUUUAAUAUCUCCUGUAGAGUCAAUUAAAAACUGUACUCCGAAUGUACGUUUAAAUGGAUGGUGUUCACAAUUGGAUCCAGCAACUUCAGAAAUUAAGCAAGUUGAACAAAAUUUGAAGUCUUUAAACCGAAUACUUGAUCAAUUAGAAUCAGUUGAUAAUGAUGUUGGCGUACUCGAUGGAAUUCCAGUUGCAAAAAAAAGCACCAGGUUUCGUUUGCGUAAAAAAAAAAGUGGUGGUGGUAGUUGGGGUGGUACAAUUGCUGGAUGGGGCAUUGAUAUGAAUCAAUCAAUCAGUCAAUCAACUAAUAAAGCUGUUGAUGUUACAGACUUGUCUGGUUUUCCUACUGGAAUAGCUUCUCAACAUUUAUCCAACAGUAAUCCAUCAUUAACUGUUAAUCCAUCACCUAGUGAUCUUCAACUCUAUACUGAUUUUGUUAUUUUAGCAAAAGAUAUUCAAAAUAGUUUUAAGUGCAUAAUGGAUGCAAUAAAUGAAGAACGCAGUCAUGUGUUUGUUGGUGAUGCAAGCGAUGACAAAUUAUCUAAUUACCGAGUAGCUUUAAAUAAGGCCAUUCAACAAAAUAGUGAACUUCGUGCUAAAUUAAAUAAUAUUCAUAUUACUUCAGAUGCAUCAAAUUUUCCAGAUCCUGUUCUAAGUUCAUCAUUAUCAUAUAGUUCUGGUGUAAGUGGUUCAGAAGUAUUUUUUGAUGCUGAAGAAUAUCAAGGUGGUAAAAUGAACAAUUGUAAUGAAACCGUAACAAAUGAAUUAAUUUCUGGUGAAGUAGUCACACAAACUUCAGAUACAUCUUCUGAAGCAGGAUCUUUAUCAUCUGAGGAUGGAUCUAUAUCUUCAGAAAAUAGUGACGGGGCCACAUCUGAGUACAAUAAUCCGCAAGGAGAUUGUGGAGGAUCUGGUGAUACCCGGAAUAUGACUGGACGGCGUACAAAGCUACCAUGUCCAAAACCUGACACCGAAGGAUUGUCCUUAUGGAAUCUCUUAUGCAAAAACAUUGGUAAAGAUCUUUCCCAAGUUUCGAUGCCAGUUGCACUUAAUGAACCUCUUAAUAUGUUACAGCGUAUGUGUGAAGAACUAGAAUACAGUGAACUUUUAGAUAAAGCAUCAGAACAAUCGGAUGUAUAUGAACGCAUGGUAUAUGUAGCAGCAUUUGCAGUGUCGAGUUACGGUUCCAGUUAUUAUCGUGCUGGUUCCAAACCAUUUAACCCUCUUUUGGGCGAAACCUAUGAAUGUAUACGAGAUGAUAAAGGCUUCAAAUUUAUUGCAGAACAGGUUAGUCAUCAUCCACCAGUUAGUGUUUGUCAUGCUGAAUCAAAAAAUUUUAUAUUUUGGCAAGAUGUUAGAAUUAAGACAAAAUUUUGGGGGAAAUCGAUGGAGUUUCAACCAACAGGGUAUGUAAAUGUACAGUUACUAUGUCAGGAUAGCAAAGAUCAUUAUAGAUGGAAUAAGGUGACAACUUGUGUUCAUAACUUAUUUGGUGGUCAAAGAUCUGUAGAUCAAUAUGGUGAACUGAAAAUUACCAAUUUGGAUAAAAAUAUUACAUGCAAAUUAACAUUUUUGAAGGCUAGUUAUUUUUCUGCUAAACGUCAUGAAAUACAUGGUGUUGUAAUUGAUGAUAAUGAAGGGAAAGUUGUACGUAAACUAUUUGGUAAAUGGAAUGAAGCUCUGUAUUGUGGAGUUUCUGCUGCACCUUCUGCAAAAUGUAUAUGGAGACCAGGUACUAUGCCAGAAGACUAUGAAUUAUACUAUGGAUUUACAAGAUUUGCAAUGGAAUUAAAUGAGCUUGACUUAGAAACAGCCAAGUUUUUACCAAAAACUGAUACUCGAUUUCGACCAGAUCAAAGGCUACUAGAGGAAGGUAAUCUGAAUCGUGCGGAAACUAUGAAACUCAAUUUAGAGCAAACUCAGCGUGAACGCCGUAAACAAAAAGAAGAAACUGGAGAACAACAUGAACCUAAAUGGUUUAGAAAAACUGUUAGAAAUGGUAUUGAAACUUGGGAGUAUAAUAAUACGUAUUGGGAUGUACGUAAAAACCCAGGAUUUACUAAUUACCAUUUUGAAAAACUUUGGUGAAGGUUACCAUUAAACUUUAUGUAAUCAGUGUGUCAUUUGGUCAGUUAGUGGUGUUAUGGUUAGGUUAGCCUUAUGUUUAAUAAAAUCUGGUGAACAAAAUAAUAUGAAUCAAAUAGUCUCAAAACUGAGACAAAUUAGUUAAUCUAGUCAAUAUUUUCAUACUCAUGUGUUUGUACUUUUCCAUUAUAUUUAAUUUUCUUCCAUUAAAAAUCACUUGAUAAGUUUCAAAGUCUUACACAUCCAUAUAAAAAACCUUCUGUUAGUUUACCAAAAAAUUUAUUUAGAUAAUUUUUGAAUUGUAGUAAAUGCCUAUUUACUUUUUUGUUAUUUUUUGUUUAUACAUGGUACCUGAAUAAUAUGCUAUAACGAAUGAAAACUUGACUGUAAAAUGUAGGUAUAUAAAUAAUAGUAAUUACAAAAUCAGAGUAUUACAAAAUAUUAAGAACAACCUAAAUAGUUUGAAUACUUAAAAACUAGUUUUCAUUCUGUUUUAUUGUAUCAAUUCUAUGACCGAAUCUAUUAUAAACAUCAUUUUUAUUAAUUCAAUAUUUAGAACCUAAAAAUAUAACAUCAACAUUAAUUUUUAUGUGAUGUAAUUGUUAAGUAACAAUUUUAACCAUAAAACCAUUCAAUAGUAUCCAUUUUUUUUUUUCAAAUGUGAGGCACUGCAAGUAAUAAACUGAUAAUACCUAUCAGCUUCAAUAUAUUUUAUUGUUAUUUAGUAAUUCGACUUUUUUUAAAAAUAGGCUUUUUUAAUAAACUUAAGCUAAAUAAUUACUCUAGUUGUUUUGAAACAAUGAUUAAACAUUCCCAUUAUAUUUUUCAUUAGGAUAGAAUGAUAAUGAUUUAGUUAUGUUACAUAAUUUUAUUAAUAUAGAUUUUUUAAUUAUUGAAAAAUUAAAUUAAUAAUUUUUUUAAGCCAUAUAGGUAAAAAGAAUAUUAAUUACUAUUUUAAAUUAAUACUGUUACUUUAUUAUGUACAGUCAAAACUUAAAAUCAUGAAGUAAAUGCAGCAAUAUGCUAUGUUACACUUACUAUUUUUCAUGAGGUAUUAUGGUCAGAAACUCGUUAAUAAUUGUAAUAAUGUAUUUUUAGAACAAUAAUUAUUGAUAUUGUAAAUUAUUUAAUUAAUUUCAAACUAUUUAACUGAAUUUUAUAAUGAAGUAAGCUCAAGAGUAUGCUAUACAUAUAUUUUUCCAUCUCAAUUAGAUAAAUAUCAAUUGGUAGAAAACAAAUAAUAAUAAUUACAGAUGUAACUAAUAAGUAUAUUACAAUAUUAUUUAUUUAUGUUUUGUUUAGUUUACAUUAUACUCUCCACACAAUUUGUUUAGAUUAUAAUUAUAUUCAUAACUGAAAUGCAUUAUGCUAAAUAUGCGAUAGGAUUAAUUUCAAUUUGAAAAUAUCAUGAUAUAAUGAUAUAAUGAUAUAUUUAUUCUGUGAUACGUUCUGUAAACGUUAAAAACAGUUAUUGUGUUAAUAAUAUUAUAUUAACAUCUUACAUUCCCAAUGUAUAUUAUAAACAUUAGUGUUAUUGAUUGGCUCAUAAAAACAAAAUCGAAAACAUACAUUUUUAUUUUAUUAAUAGAUAUAUUAUUGAUCAUUAUCACUGUCGUUAUUAAUUUUGUUUGUUAUUAAAUGUUAAUCUAACAAUGGAAGGGUGAUUAUCUCAUUUAAGUGAGCUACUUAAAUUAUUUGUGUCUAUAAACUCAUAUGCACAUUACAUUUUGUGUAUUUGUAUUUGUAUGACAUUAUUAUAUUAUUUAAAUUAUGACAAUUGUUUACGUAGGUUGUGGUCUGUUAUAUUUUUAUUUUUGCUUAAAAAAAUUGAUUUUGUAGGUUUUUUAUUGUUUGUAUAAUUAUUAUUUAAUUCAGAAAAUAUAUAAAUUAUAGAGCAUUAUAAAUUUUAAUAUACAUGUUAUUAACACCAUUGAAUAUAUAUAACUGCUCGUAAAACA